AUGGACAGGGGAUGGGCGUGGAUUAUCCUUUUAGGUAAUGAUGUAAAAUUAUUCAUAAUUGUUGGAACGAUAAAAUCUUUUGGAUUGUUUUUCAUUGAGUUUCUGGAAAUUUUCGAUGCAAGCGUUUCAAUGACUUCGAUGAUAGUAGGAUUGAUGCAGAUAACCUACAGCGUCUUCUCCCUUCCUAUCAUGGCGAUCGGCCUUCAUCACAUAAGUCCACGACAGUCUAUACUAUGUGGGGGAUUGAUCGGAACUUUGGCCUACGCCCUCGGCAGUCAGGCACCGAACAUUUACUUUCUUCUCUUUACUCAUGGAGUAUUAUUUGGAAUUGGUUUUGGGUGUGUUCAUGGACCGAGUAUGUAUAUCGUCGGGCAAUAUUUUGAGAAGAGACGAAGUUUAGCCAACGCUUGUAUGACGGCUGGAGGCAGUGUUGGUGGUCUCGUGUUGCCGCCAAUAUUCGAAUUCCUUGUAGAGACAUACGGACUUCGUGGCGCCUUACUCCUUACAUCCGCAAUAAUCUCGCAUACAUUGGUUGGUGCGAUGUUUUUGCGCCCACCAGAAUAUAUCGAAACUAAUGAAGAAGACUCGUAUUCCUUAAACGGAAACACCGACGAUAAGCUCACCACUGAUAAUCUAGUUGACAGUAAUAUUCCAUCCUCUGGAAAAGAACCUUUUGGAUCAGCUGCAACUAAAUUAACGAAAAAUAAUAAUGAAAUUUGCAACCAGGAAACAGAGUUCGAGACAUCACAAAAUCCAAUUAGGGUAGUAUCCAUUAGCAACGACAAUAAAAGUGUCUCUCAUUAUGAGAACUUUACAGAAUGGGAAUACACUGAAAGAAAACUCAAUCGCGAAUAUUCAAAAGAUACGUAUAUAUGCACUGAAGAUGUUCCACCUCUUCAUUCUGAAUCAAACACUAUUCUAAAAACGUCGCAUGCUUUGAAAAAAAAAUCGCUCUAUAGUUCAGCCGCCAGCCAUGUAGAUUUAUCCACUAUCUCUCUAACAGACAUUUCCCAAAUGCAGGCGUGUGAUGAUUUCUCUGAACACAAGUCGAAUGAAGGCAUAAAUGAGCCGGAUGUGAAGAAACGAUCGUGUUGGUCGAUAAUCCAUAUCGACAUCUCACUAAUGAAGAACCCUACCAUGACGAUUUUCCUGGUCGUGUACUGUUUAGGAAGUAUAGGUUCUGCUUACGGGCAUAUUUACAUUGCAGCGUUAGCACGUGAUGUUGGCCUCAGUGCCGCUCAGAUUACAAAACUGGUGUCAACGUUAAGCGGAUGUGACGUCGUUGGGCGAUUUUUAUGUGGCACUGUUGUUGAUCGAGGAUGGAUGACUAGUUCACGUGUUGUCUGUCUGACCGUCCUCAUCACUGGGGCUAUGAUGCAGUUGUCACAGAUUUAUCGAUCGUUCUGGUCCAUGUUGUUGUAUUCGAUUAUUCAUGGAUUAUUUGCGGGAGGAAUUUUCGCUUUAACGCCAGACCUAUUAAUAGAUUUUCUUGGAUUUGAGAACUUUCGAAGCGCUUUGGGAAUAGCGAUGUUUUCACAAGGUUUCGUGCUUGUCUCCUCUGCCCCAUUUAUAGGUUUCUUACGGGACAGGUCACAAACGUAUGCCUCAUCCUUCCACUUCAUGGGAACCGGCAUGAUACUAGCCGGGCUGUUGUUGUUUCUAAAACCAUUGAUCCUUCGGCUGAUAUGUAAACCUAAGAGCACUGACGAAACGUGA